AAUAAUAAUAAUAAUAAUAAUAAUAAUAAUGCCAAAUCUGUUUAACACAGUGUGUAUCAGUUUGUGAGAUAUCCAUAUCUCCUGAUUUUUUAAAAAUAUUUUAAACAACAGGCAAGGAAAAUAUUGCUGCAUGAGAGCGCAGAGCAAGCUGAGCUUCAAAGAACCGCAUUGGAGAGCCAAGACACACGCAUACACACACACGCACACGCACACGCGCGCGCAAGAGGACUACAGACGCAUUUGCGACAGAUAGUAUACACAGUGACAUGUCUGCUCAUCAGGGUUCACAUGUCAUGCUCGGAGAGGCAGGGAAAGAGCAUGGCUUGGAGAUGCUGGCUCGGGGCUUGCAGUGUUAGCCCACCUUGGCUGGGUUCUCACUCGCAUGCGCGUGCUGUGUGGGAGAGCUGCAGAGAUGGAAAUGGACGGAUGAUGCUGCUGCUGCUGCUCCUUUCUCUCCUCUAGGCUUUCUCUCAGCCAAACCAAGGCGAUGGGACCUACACUGAGAAAACUUUCCAAGACUGGACCAAAUGAAGAUUCAAAUGUGUUUAACUCUUCAUAGCUACAUUUUGCAUUGUUACUGUUAAAAAAAAACAAAACAAAGAAUUGGCCGAAGCACCUGCUUUGCAAAACCCUUUCUGAAUGACUGCAAAACUACCAGGCCAGAGUAUGCCAUCUGCACCUACACACAGGAUUCUGCGACCCCUCCUGCUUGGCACCUUCUUACUGGGCUGUUUUGUGACUCUGUUUUUGAUGUACAUCAAGCCGUCCACUAGCUGGUUAUCGGGCCCUGUUGAAUCAGAAACAUCCACGGCUCGAGUAAAGAGCCUCCUGUCCAACAGAAGUGAGCAGAACCAGACCACAGUGCUCGUCUGGCUCUGGCCAUUUGGGGAAACCUACGACCUGAACGUGUGCAGCUCCCUGUUCAGUAUCGACAACUGUUUCAUAACCGCCGACCGCAACCUUUAUAACAAAUCCGAUGCAGUCGUCAUCCACCACAGGGACAUUAGCACCGAUCUGUCCAACAUGCCGCCAGCAUAUCGACCUCCUCUGCAGAAAUGGAUCUGGAUGAACCUCGAGUCGCCAUCGCAUUCAUCCCAGUUACCUGGCAUCGAGAACCUGUUCAACCUGACCCUAAAUUACCGUCAGGACGCUGAUAUUGAAGUGCCUUACGGCGCCAUUGUCGCCUCCCAAGGCGAGGAAAGCUUUGUGCCACCGAGCAAGAGCAAGUUGAUCUGCUGGAUCGUGAGCAACUGGAACCCGGAUCAUGUCCGAGUGAAGUACUACAAUGAACUGUACAAGCACGUGGAGAUCCACGCCUAUGGCCAAGCGUUUGGUGAGUACAUAUCGGACCAGGACUACUUCCCCACCAUCGCCAGCUGCAAAUUCUACUUGGCAUUUGAGAACUCGAUUCACAAGGACUACAUCACAGAGAAACUGUAUAACCCGCUCUCAGUUGGCACGGUGCCAGUAGUUUUGGGCCCACCGAGGGAGAAUUAUCAGAAUUUUGUAGAAGGCGAUGCUUUCAUCCAUGUGGACGACUUCUCCUCCCCAAAAGAGCUGGCUGAUUAUCUUUUAUUUCUGGACAAGAACGAGGAACUUUACUUGAGGUACUUUGACUGGCGUAAACACUUCAAGGUAAAGAAAGCCUAUUUCUGGGCUGAACACACUUGUCUUGCGUGUGAUUAUAUCAGAAGACACAGCGAGUACAAGGCGUUUAAUAAUCUCGAUAAAUGGUACUGGGGUUAAUCUGGAUAUGCUGAUUGGUUGAUUGGUUGGAAAUGAUAUAAAAGGUUGAUACCAUAUUUUCCAGGCUAUAAGACACAUUUUACCCUUUUAGAAGGUAAGACUAAUACAACAAACUGCCGUGUAUGUUAUAAUUUUUGUAUGUGCCCAUUUGGGAGUCAUUUGAUGGUAGACCUGCCACUCCAGCUUUUCUUUAAGAAAAAGUUACAUUCCCAGUGUUAGCUUAGAGUUAACAUAACAGUGAAAAUCUUUGUAAGGAUGGACAUAAGUCUGCUUUACACUGUGUGACUUUUUGUGAGGCUGUUAGAUUUUAAUCAAAAUUAUCAUAAUUGCCUGGAGGACAAAUAGGUUCAAAGACCAGAUCUUUAUUGAUUUUCGCAAAACAAAUGUAUCGUUUGGUGUGAUUGUUUAAACAAAAUGGACUUUAGGGAACGUUACUUAAUCCCACUGCCUGCUGCACUACACACAUCAGCUGUGGUGUGAUAAUAAACAGUUACCUUACAUUUAAGCAUAUUUUGACAAAAUAAAGAGACUAGCCAGAGUCAAAUAACGUUUACGUGUAAUACAAGGUGGAAAAAUCACAGCUCGUAGCCGAAACAUUGGCCAAUGACUUGCUGACAUUUUGUUAAGAGUGGAAACCCAAUGUGCUACCCAAUGGCAACCAAACCACAGGACUAGACAGCAAAUUGGAGCUUCCAUCAAUAAAUGUAUCACUGCACUGAUAUCACACAAUCUGCCAGAUUUUAUUGGCAUCAUGUUGUAACACACUAUAAACCUAUAAAACCAUCGUUACCGCACAGUGUAAAGCAGACUUUAGAGACAUUUUUAGGCAUUACAGAGGGAUUAAGCUCAAGGCUAAAGCAAAACAGCUCAGAUAGUGUAUAUAGCUGAACUAGAGCAAUACAAAAACUAAACUUGUUUAAUACGAGUUCCAUUUCAGAGGUCAUGUAUUUUCAUUUAAGAAAAUUCAAUUACAUUGGUUGCUGAUUUAGUUCCGCUUUCACAGUGAAGCACAAAGAAUUUUAGGAACGUGUCUCAUAUGUAAGUGGAACUUAUUGUCCGGAAAAUAUGGUAAAUCGAUACGAAUGAGGAUCAGCGUUAUCUGCUUAGACUGCUCUGGUUUAUUUUUGUAAAAUGAAGUGGAUAUUAAUUUAUUUUGAUAGUCAUGCUGAGCACUUUCCAUAUUUAUUAAUUUGAAUGCAGAGAACAUAUUUUAUUAUGUGAUAACCUUUGUGACUGUUUUGUUUUCUUAUUGCCUUAUUUAUCAUGUUUCACAUUUGUCGAUGGUGAUUUUAAAUUGUCAUUCCACGUUCACAUCCGACUGACUAAACCAUAAAUUACUCCAACUGAGAAAAUAAGUGUUGAAUAGGAAAUAGCUGUGUAUUAUUUAUUUCACUACGAUAUAGUGUAGGUGUGGUGUUUGUCAAGUAUGCAGUGUUUACAGAUCUGUGAAUUGUGUAUGUGUUGUCCAUUGCUGUAAUUAGUGUAGUGUCUAGAAUUUUUUUUGGUCAUAAUUUUCUUUGGAUCUUACUUGCACAGUCACGAAAGGCCAAUGACCUUGCUAAAGCAUCAGCGCACUGUUAUUACUUUUUAAUCAGCCACAACAUGCGCUUUCAUCAACAGCUCAAACUCAAAUGCUACUGUAUAGUGUUAUAUCAAUAUACGUCGUAACAAACAACACGUCAUCAUACAUCAGAAAUGUCAUCUUUUGAAAUUUUUUAAAAUUAGGAGUGUAUGGAGAGUUGACAAUGUGAACAGUUUUACUGUAAUACUACAUACUAGGGCUGCGUCGAUACUGAUUCUGACAUUUCUGAUACUAAUACAUCCGAUACCAGGUGAUGCUAAGUGACUUAAGCCUAGUGCAUGUGGUUGCGCUAAACAACAAGCAAUAGAUCACAAUUAAUGAUCAAAGCAAAAGAAAGCAGACUGCAAACUGUGCUCUGUGAAAAUAUCAAGAGGAGAAACUACAGCAUCUUCCUACAAUACAAGUAACCUUAUAAAACAUCUUAAACAUAAAAAUAAGCACAAGGAGUUCAUUGCUAGCAGCACAGAGCAACACCCAACACUGCAGCAAAUGGUAGCUAGGGCAAGAAAAAAUGUCUACAUAAAAAAAAAAAAAAAAAAAAACACUAAAAACAACAAAUCAUACAUUAUUUACAGCUGCACGGCUUUUUCCGAAGUGAAACAAACCCCGCUGUUCUUCAUUGCAACCCUACUCGAGCUAAAGUUACUAAUGUAGCUAGCUAAUUCACUUAAAAUCAGCUAGCUAACAUCAUAAAGUGCAAGUGUAGCAGCUUAAGUGCAUGAAUAUGCACAUUAUCAUGGUGUAUAUGUAAACCAGGGAAACAAAAACAGUGCUAAAUAACAUGUCCUGUGAUGUCCCUGAUUGGUUAAUGCUAAGUAUUCAUCUCCGUAUGAUUUACUCAUUUCUUUAAAAAUUCCCUCCGGCUGCACCAGUUGGAAAGCAGUGGUUUAUUGCUUUUAAGUUAUAUGUCAGUGAUUGUUUAAAAGGAAAGAACAAAGGGAAGUCCUACUUCGGAGAAGUCAGGUUUAUGAUAUCCGGAUAUAACUUCAAUUUUCCAAACAGGACAACAUCCAUCUAAAAGUGACAUUUUUGUUCAUCGUUAAUUAUAAUUUGAGUACAUGUAUGGCAGAUGGCUGUUCAUAUUUCCUGUGGACGCUGUGCCCCUUGGUCGUGCAUGUCCUCAUAAAUUAACACUACGUCUAAAUAUCAACAUAAUUAUUUCUUUCCAUUCUGGCGUGUGUGAACAUUCUGUCCACUCCGUGAAAACCACAGUACGCCAAAAAUCUGAAUUGUGUUGAUGCCGAAAAAUACAGAUCGCCUCUUCAAUCAGAACAAAAUGCAAUUAUUUCUUGAGCGUCUAGAUCAAUGCACACUGUGCACACAUUUGUUUUUCUUUUAAAAGCUUAGAUACAUUUUAAUAAAUCAAUAAAUCGUUCACCUCAAAGAACAUUAGAAAAUGGCGAACGUCUGCGAAAUUGGUGUAUUGGCCUUAUUGUAAGGCGUGGCUAAUAUUCAUACAUUUCAGUUACAUAAUUCUGUAUUUUCUCUAAUAAAAGUGAAGUACUAUAUUGUUACUUAGCCUACUAGCCUACUACUGCAAAAUUCAGCAACGGCUAAAUUCAGUGAAAGAAACAGUUGCCAAAUUGUAUGCACUGGUAUAGCAUAAUAUUUUUGUAGCAUUUUAAAUCUUUUUUUUUUUAAGGUUUUCCAAUCACACCAUUCCAUUAUCACACUCCUGAUUUAAAUGCUGUGCUAUUUUUUUUUUUUUUGUCUAGCAGUGUGAAAAAUAUGAAAUGAAGAGCACAAGUCCAUUAUGCAAAUGUAGGCAUGUGUGUGGGACUGCACACCACUCACACACAUUUGUAAGAGCUUAUGAUAUGAGGUCUUGUUUUUUGGGGGACAUUAAUGAGAAAGUCCAUGGACUUUUAUUGUAGAUAUUGUUCUUAUGAAGAGAGAAAUGUAGCUCUCUACUACUCUAUUCAUAAACACUAGCUUAGCAAAUGUGUUCAGUGCCAAAGCUUUUCCCUUGAUUGUUUUUCUCUGAUCUACUUUUACUGUGAAAGGCUAUUUUUGGAUUAGUGUAAUCUAACAAGUACUGUAUGAUACAUUUACAAAGAAAUAUCAUAUGGAUGCACGCACAUUACUAAAGCGCUGUGCUUUGUGUUCUAAUUUUAGUUCACUGCGAAUGGGAGAUUCCACGAUUGCGCUGGCAUUUAGCCCUUUUCAACAUUGGAACUAACAAAACAUGCAUUUAAUCAUUCAAAAAGAUGUGUCAGCCCAUCUCAGGCAACUAUCCUGCUGCGUUUUUGCUCAUUUUUAAUCAUAAAAUUGGCAAAAUGACACAGUGUGUUGAACUAGCAUCCAUGAAUGUUAAAGACUUUCUAGUGAUUUGCUUAAUUUUUUUUAAUUAAUAAUUUAAUUUGUCUCUAAUCUGGGUAACAGGAUUGUACAAUUCAAAGCAACCGCACCAGUCAAUAUCACAAUAUUGUCAUUAAAAAAAUUAAGAGAGAAGAAUGAGACUUACUUUUCUUCUUCUCAUGAUCUUAAGGAAACUCUGAUGAUGAUGACUUCCUGUUGAACAUGUGACUUAUUGGAAUGUUCCAAACGGUUUCAUGGGGUGAAUGUGUUACAGGUAAUAUAGUUGGAUGAAACUAAAAUGUAACAUUUUUCAUAACCUUUACUGGAUUAUUCAUGGAAAAGGAUGUUCCAAGCAUGAAGUUCAUACAUUAAUGCAAAAAUAAUGAUUUUUGAAGUAUUUUAAUGAUUAUAUUUUAAGGUAAAGUGUAGUUAGGGUGGGCUGGAAUGGGCAAAAACAUUUUUUGGUCUGAGAUAGGCAAAAAUAUAGUUUUGUUGGGCUGGGAUAGGCAACAAUACAGUUUUUUGGGCUGGGAUAGGCAAAAACGAUGUUCUGUUGGACUGAGAUGGGCAACAAUACAGUUUUGUUGGGCUGGGAUAGGCAAAAAUGAUUUUUUUUUGGGUUGGGAUGGGCAAAAAUGCAGUUUUGUAGGGCUGGGAUAGGCAAAAAUGCUGUUUUGUUGGGUCAAGUUGGGCAAAAACGCAGUUUUGUAGGGCUGGGAUAGGCAAAAAUGCUGUUUUGUUGGGUCAAGUUGGGCAAAAACGCAGUUUUGUAGGGCUGGGAUAGGCAAAAAUGCUGUUUUGUAAGUUAUUUAUCUGAAACAUGCACAUACGUUGCUGUAAAGGACACUUUACCUGUGUCUAAAUGUAAUAUCUGUGGGACACAAAUGGCACUUCAAUCUUGGAAUCACCCAAACACACAUUAAUGACAAGAGCCAGAGAUCCAGCGCAGGUCAACACUGAUGUAAAGACUUAGGACCCACAAUUUUUGGAUGCUCAUUUUGUUACAUAAAUGCAUUACGGUGUUCUAUUAUUGCUGUUUCUUUACUUUCCUCAAGCUGAUGCUAUUUUAACAGUGCAGUUGCUUAUAGUGUCUGUGUUGUGUCUGUAUCUUGUGAUCUAAUGUCGAUUCAAUGCAAGACCUUUUUUGGAAAAACACACACACACACAUACACACACUGUAUACACUGUACACAAUACAAAUGUACAAAGUUUUCUGAUAAAUCUGUAAAGUUUGCUCGCUGAGAAUCAGCUGUGAUCACACCAUGCACACCAUGACGUGUGAGGAGCUGGAAGAAGCAGCUGCUGGAUGUUCUGAGCACAAACAAAUGCACUGAAAUAUACAGGAAGUGGAGAAGAAGCCUCAUUGUGAAAGCUGAUAGGACAUCCUCCUCGAGCAAAACAAUAAUCCCAAGUAAAAUGUGAAUGGAUUCAGGACAGUCUUUAUUUAUUACUGCACAGCGUUUCAUUGCACCUGCGGCUCUUGAACACUGACUCAAAAGAAGCCCCAGAGGUGACGUGAACCGGAAAAAAAAAAAAAAAACACAACAACUUUUAUAUCUGGUCUUGUGUUUGAAUACCAACUCUUUGUGAAAAAGGAUGUUAUUGCUUCUUCACUGGAUCAUCCUACUUUUCUUUCUUUCUGCACUCUAUCUAGUUCUCUCUGUGAGGUCUUGGUUCCCUUUAACAAACUGUCUUUGCAUUCAGAAUGUGUUAAUUGUGUGUGUGUGUGUGUGUGUGUAUGUGUGUGUGCCUCUGACUGAGUGCCCAUGCUGCAUCAUAUACCACAUACAGAGUGUUUCUCUAUGCAUUAUGCGUUUGACAUGUGAAACUGGACGGAUUUUCUGAACUGAUCAUGGCAAGAUAUUUUACCAAAACAUUAUUUGCCAAAUGAUUUAGAUGUCUGAUGUCUGUUAGUGUCCUGAAAAUAAAAUGUCUGAUUU